CUUAUGUCAACACCGGCUACCACGUCACGCAGGCAGUUGUCACAUCGUGAUAUUUUUGUGGCUCUUUAGGGUGUGUGCAUUCUUAUGUGUUGUGCUACUUAUGUGGAUUAUUAGGUGAUAUUCUUCUUUUUUACGGAUAUUGAGCCCAAACCGCCAAGAUGCCGAAAUCGAUACUUAGUUAUUUAAGCAACGCAUUAGAUAUGGGUGGUGGUGGCAAUGAGUUGAUGAACGUCCGCGUGACGACGAUGGACGCGGAGCUGGAGUUCGCGAUCCAGCAGACGACCACCGGCAAGCAGCUGUUCGACCAGGUGGUCAAGACCAUCGGCCUGCGCGAGGUCUGGUUCUUUGGCCUCCAGUACACCGACUCCAAAGGAGACUUGACCUGGAUCAAGCUGUAUAAGAAGGUGAUGCAACAAGACGUAAAGAAGGAGAACCCGCUACAGUUCAAAUUCCGAGCCAAAUUCUACCCGGAGGACGUCGCGGACGAGCUUAUCCAGGAGAUCACACUUAAAUUGUUCUACCUUCAGGUUAAGAACGCGAUCUUGUCAGAUGAAAUCUACUGUCCGCCGGAGACGUCCGUGCUGCUGGCGUCGUACGCGGUGCAGGCGCGGCACGGCGACCACAACCCGGCGCUGCACAGCCAGGGCUUCCUCGCCAACGACCGCCUGCUGCCACAGAGGGUCACCGACCAGCAUAAGAUGUCCCGCGACGAAUGGGAACAGAGCAUCACAAACUGGUGGCAGGAGCACCGCGGGAUGCUGCGCGAGGACGCCAUGAUGGAAUAUCUUAAGAUCGCGCAAGAUUUAGAGAUGUAUGGUGUGAAUUACUUCGAGAUCAGGAAUAAGAAGAAUACUGAACUCUGGCUGGGCGUUGACGCUUUGGGAUUGAAUAUUUAUGAAAAGGAUGACAAACUGACCCCCAAAAUUGGUUUCCCCUGGUCGGAGAUCCGCAACAUCUCGUUCAACGACCGCAAGUUCAUCAUCAAGCCCAUCGACAAGAAGGCGCCGGACUUCGUGUUCUUCGCACCGCGCGUGCGCGUGAACAAGCGCAUCCUGGCGCUGUGUAUGGGCAACCACGAGCUCUACAUGCGGCGCCGCAAGCCCGACACCAUCGACGUCCAGCAGAUGAAGGCGCAGGCGAGGGAGGAGAAGCUGGCCAAGCAGGCGCAGAGAGAAAAACUGCAAUUAGAAAUCGCAGCUCGCGAGCGCGCAGAGAAGAAACAGCAAGAGUAUGAGGACCGCCUGCGACAGAUGCAGGAGGAGAUGGAGCGCUCACAGGCUAACCUGCUGGAAGCGCAAGACAUAAUCCGAAGACUGGAGGAGCAGCUGCGGCUGCUGCAGGCCGCCAAGGAGGAGCUGGAGCAGCGCCAGAACGAGCUGCAGGCCAUGAUGACCCGCCUCGAGGAGACCAAGAACAUGGAAGCGGCGGAGCGCCUGAAGCUCGAAGAAGAGAUCCGCACGAAGCAAGAGGAAGUGUCUCGCAUCCAACAAGAGGUGGAGCUGAAGGACUCGGAGACCAGACGUCUGCAGGAAGAGGUCGAGGAUGCGAGGCGCAAGCAGGACGAGGCGGCGGCGGCGCUGGCGGCGGCCACGACGCCGGCGCAUCACCACGUGAACGAGGCGGGUGCGGAGGCAGAGGCGGGCGGUGGCGCGGAGGGGGACGCGGGGUCGGACGGCGGGUCGGAGUCGGGCGGCGGAGAGCUGGCGCGCGCGCCGGACGGGCUGGUGGACCCGCUGGCGGAGCGCCGCACGCUGCAGGAGCGCAGCGAGCGCCUCCACAACCAGCUCAAGGCGUUGAAACAAGACCUGGCGCAGUCGCGCGACGAGACGAAAGAAACAGCAAUGGACAAGAUCCACCGCGAAAAUGUCCGCCAGGGCCGGGACAAGUACAAGACGCUGCGGGAGAUCCGCAAGGGGAACACCAAGCGCCGCGUCGAUCAGUUCGAGAACAUGUAACUGCCACCACAGCGGCUUUGUUAGGAAAGGUUCUUUUGACGAAAUGUUCCAAAAUAAUAAAAAGAAUCAGUUGUUGUGUGUGUUCAAGACCGAUAUGAACAGUUUUUACGAUUUCAGUUUUGUUUGUUGUGGGUUUUCGGCCAACACGCCAGGAGCGAAAGUUCAAGCCGAGCGUGUAACGAUUUUAGUUUUACUUGUUGUGUAGGUUUUGACAUACAUACACGCCAGGAGUGAAAUUUUGAGCCGAGCGUGUAGCUAUUGUUUUAUAUUGUUCUUCUCAACUUUGACAUUUAUGAUAUUGUUAAGCUGAUCGAUGGAAAUGUCAAAAAGGUCUCAUUAUAUCCUGUAAAAUGUUAAUUAAAAGUACAGAAUUAUUUGUUAUUAAAGAGUACUCACUUCAAUAACUCAGCAAGCCAAAACGAAUCUUAAGUAUUGGACAUGUAAGGUCUAAUUUCAGUUUUGUAACAUUGUAAUAAUUGAGACAAGUCGUUUCGAGCAAAAGGAUUUUUCGUGCAAAGGACACUUCAAGAUAAUAUUAUGCGAUGAGACGUAGUCAAGUCCGUUACAUGACGUUUGUCAAUGUUGACGCAUUUGUGAUUACAGUUAUUCUGAUAAAAAGUACGAACGAACGGUCGCUAAAACAUUAAAUUUUUAUUUUAUUUUUUUGAGCUUUCGAUAAUUCAUUCUUAGAAUUAUUUUUGCUAGUUACUUCCCCAAAUUAAGUUAAAAGCGUUCAUUUUUUAUCAGAGUAACCGUAAGGUCGUCAUCGAGUCUGAGCUACGCAUUGGCCAUCAAAUGGUGCAACAAAGCCCGGCCGAGUGUACAAAGCGUUAUUUAGCACGUGUCGGCCGCACAUUCCUGAGCUGUACGCAGACAGACAGACAGACGCGUCACAAACGGACCCGGUUCGUGUAAAUAUUGAAUAUUACUUAAUAGUAAUUUUAUUUUAGAUCGUAAUGUGCUAUAACCCAUACUGUACACAUUAUACAAUGAAGAAUCAUGUCGUAUAUAUUUUUACAUUCGCAAAAUGAAAUCAUUUAUAAAAAGCACGCGGACUUUCAUUAUUAAUAUAUAAUUUAUAUUUAAGUGAUUCGGUAUAUAAUUUUAUUUAGUAACGUAUAGUAUCGUACGGUCGCCGCGAGAGUUGAAAUAUAAUAGUCGUUUUUAUUGUAGAUCGAUGUUUCAUGUUGAUUUAUCUAGUGCUAGAGCGGUCGUGAUGUAGUGUGAGAGCUGCGGGGGUCAUGUCAGCCGAGAUCGAUCGUCCCAACGUCCAGAAGUACAUAUCUUGUUAUGCCACAUUACAUUUUAUUAUCAAAUCGUCAUAAAGAGUAGUUAUACCAAUCAAUAGUUCGGCCUAAUGCGUAAUCCCGGCGAGACGUGACGCCACCGUUGGUAACGCGCGACCUCCGUGUCGGACACCGCGUUUGUUACUUGCGAGUUUUGCUCAAAAACCUAAAGAAACAAUGUCCGAAGUGUCUUGUCCGCGUCGCGGGAGAGGGAGGGGAUAUCCCCUUAUUUAUUUUUAUAAUCAUUUAUAUUUUAGAUAUAGGUGUCGAACUAGUAUUGUUCUAUAAUGCUGAUAUUACAAGAAAAGCGCGCCCGAGGCGACUCCGAUCGGCAUUAAACCCAUCCCUCGUAAAAAUAUAAUUCCUGAACAAAAUUCGAAAUAGCUACACUUAUACACGAUACUUAUAGGAAGUAUAUAAUUUUAUUUUUAAGUGAAUAAAAGGCAUUCCAUAAGUUACUAUCCGGUGGCGUAUACUUGGUUUUGAUAAAAUUAAAAAUAGCUGCAAUGAUUGUUUUCGUUUUGUUUAUACAUGAGUGCCAUCCGUCGCAGAUAGCUCGUAGUCUCGUGCCGUCGAGACGACAACAACAGUAUUGAGCUAUUGUCUUGUCAUUAUUUUCUAAAAUUAUACAAUACCAUGUUGCCUUUCAAUCUAGGACGAAAUUCUUUUCCAAUAAAAUGUUUAAGUAAAUAGAAA